AGGCGGAAGAGGGAGACGAGUGCGCAGUGCAAAGUUCUGAAACAUGAUGAAAGGAUAUGUAACAACAUAACCUUAUUACAAACGUGAAUUACUGUGUACGCAUUGCAUAAUUGUUGUCUCCGAUGAGCAAGGACCAGUGAUUUUUGAUUCGACUAUUCUCGCUAGACUCGACUCUGCUUAUCAUUUCCGUGAUAUACUAACGUCAGCUCAGUAGCUAACUUGCUAAAUUUGUAGCAAUGAAGACUUUGUCGGUGAUUGUUCUACACUUUCUCUUUGUACUUCACACCGAAGGCUGGAACGAUGGAGGGAGUGUCUUGCUACGAGAUGUACAGGCACUCACACUGUACAGAGGAGGGAACACAAACUCCCGUCGGACAAGCCCUGUCCCACAGCUUCAGUGCGUGGGAGGGUCGGCGGGCUGUAGCUCAUUCGUCCCAGAAGUAGUUCAGUGUCAGAACAAAGGCUGGGAUGGCAUUGAUGUACAAUGGGAGUGCAAAACAGACAUGGACAACGCCUACAGAUUUGGUAGGAUCGAGGUAAGCUGCGAGGGCUUCAACCACCCAGACGACCCGUACAUCCUGAAGGGCUCAUGCGGACUGGAGUACACCCUGGAGCUGACGGAGCAGGGCAGACAGAGGGGCGGGGGCUCCCACGGGACUGGGGGGUUUGGAGACUUCGCCUCCAGCUUCUUCCAGGACUCCUCGGACAGCAGGAGGCAUCAGGGGGGUGGGAACAUGUAUCACCAGAGCUCCUCGGGGGCAGACGUCAGCGGCUUGGUCGUGGCCGGCCUCUUCCUGCUCCUGGCCUACGGUGUUUACAAGAUGUUCCUGUGUGGCCCCAUGCCAGGACAGGAGCGUUUCCCUGGCAACGACCCUCAGGGCCCCAACGCUUAUGGCUACCCCAAUGCAGGACCCCCACCUCCGGGAUUCAAGCCUGAUUACACAGAGUCUUCUUCAGGCUACGGAGACUAUACAGGCUAUCAAGGGACAAGCAACGAGUAUGGUUUCAGGAACGAGUUCACACGACCACAUCACACUGGACACAGGUCUAACUCAGGUGGAUUCUGGAGUGGAAUGGGUACUGGAGGAGUCCUGGGAUAUCUGUUUGGGAGUCAGAGACGGCAGCCCACCAUGUCCACUGGGAACUCAGGAUUUUCAUGGAACAGUGGAAACAGGAAAGCACCAGAAAGCACCGGAACACGCACUGCCUCAGGUUUUGGCGGGACAAAAAGAAGAUGAGUGGACAAGACGAGCGUUUCUGUGAACCUGGCGUAGGCCUUCCUUGUCAGAAUUGAAUGACAUCUGGAUUCAACGCUGCAAAAAGCAAAAAAAAAAACAAAAAACAAAAAAAAAACAAACAAAAAAAAGUGUGAUUUGAUUUGUAAUCAAGUUGGCACUCGGGGAAAGAAAUGAAGAGGUUGACAUCCGGAGGGGGGUGGACUGAUGGAAACACCUUUACAUGGCUUCAGUGUGUCAGCUUUAUUUGUAUUUCUCUGAUGUGCACCCAUAUAGAGUGAUAGUGCCUAAUAAGUAUAGCUGUGUGAGUGUGAGUGUGAGUGUGAGUGUGAGUGUGAGUGUGAGUGUGAGUGUGAGUGUGUGUGUGUGUGUACAUGUGCUGUGUAUUCUCCCUGCUCACCUUUACUGCUGUAUCCCUCUUUAUACCCACACCUCAAAUACAAUGAUUAAGUUUUCCAAGAGUGAAAAGAAAAAUAUGUCCAUCGCUGACCUUUGUUUUGUGGAUUUUUCUUAGUUUUAUCAUUGUGUGGUUAUCAUAACUUGUUGCUGUUAUUAUGCGGGUUAACUUUAGGGCUACAUUAAUGUUUAUAGAUGAUAAAGGAUGCUGUGAUAAAAAAGUGAGCAAAAUGUUGGUUUGUUAAAAAAAUGUUGGACCUGAUUUCCAAGACAUGCUUUUUAAUGGGGUAAAGAUUAAAAAGUAAUUAUUGGUGAGAACAACUGCAUUUGUGAUAUGAAUGGCAUUAUUUUGCACUCUAUUAAAGAAAAUGGAGCUA